UAAUAGUAAUCAGGUUCAUUUUCUAGCUGAUCGUGGGCGGUCGCCGUCAGUUUUCUUCUCCUUAAAGUUUUUUGUUUUUAUUUUUGUUGGUGGUUUGGCUAUACAAGAUCCUUCUGAAGCUCGGUUAGGACCUCCCAGGCGCUGAGGAUGUCUACUCCAUCACGGAAGAGACUGAUGAGGGAUUUUAAGAGGUUGCAGCAAGAUCCUCCUGCGGGCAUCAGUGGUGCUCCUCAAGACAACAACAUAAUGCUUUGGAAUGCCGUUAUCUUUGGGCCUGAUGACACUCCAUGGGAUGGAGGUACGUUUAAAUUGACGCUUCAGUUUACAGAGGAUUACCCUAAUAAGCCACCAACAGUUCGCUUUGUCUCUCGAAUGUUCCAUCCUAAUAUCUAUGCGGAUGGAAGCAUAUGUUUGGACAUUCUACAAAAUCAAUGGAGCCCUAUAUACGAUGUUGCAGCCAUACUUACCUCGAUUCAGUCAUUGCUCUGUGACCCAAACCCAAAUUCUCCUGCAAAUUCAGAAGCUGCACGGAUGUUCAGCGAGAACAAACGUGAAUAUAAUAGAAGAGUGCGUGAGAUCGUUGAGCAGAGUUGGACUGCUGAUUAGCUAUGCUUGUUAGGUGCUUCGGAACUUCAAACAAUAGUCCAAUGGCCUGUUUAAAUAACUGUGGGACUUGACUUGAUUACCCAAUAUGUUUGCUUGGCUUAUGUGUUUUUGGCUUUUCCCAGAAUGUUUCUCGGAUAUGAUACAUUACAUUUUCCUUGACAUAUAAAAUUCCUUGUCAUUGUCUCA